AUGACAGCGAGCAUCGACAACCAACACUCUCAUGUACUACUGAAAGUUAUCCCGGUGGUAGUAUCAGGAACAAAGGGUGAUGUCACUACUUUUGCACUCCUAGACGAAGGAGCAUCUUUGAGCCUAGUUGACAAUGCGCUGCUCGACAGGGCCGGCAUUACCGGACCGACAAGAAGUUUAUACAUGCGCGGUGCGUCUGGAAUGUUAACUACAGAGACGGACUCAAAAAUAGUGUCGUUUAAUAUUCGCGGUAUAAAUGAACAAAAUGUGUAUAGUGUAAAUAGUGUGCGUUCUAUAAAUAAUUUGAACAUUUCUGUAGAUAGUAUUUCAUAUAAAAAUAUUGUAAAUAAAUUUCCUUAUGUAAAAGACUAUGUGACAGACUAUAACAUACGACCUAGAAAAAUUGAAUUACUGAUUGGACAAGACAAUAUCGACUUAAUUAUAACUAGACAAAUAAUACAAAGACAUAAGAACGGACCUAUGAUUUCUAAGACAGACUUGGGUUAUGUAUUACAUGGAAACAUUGGGUUCAGUAGUAUAACGAAUGACAGUACUAUAUUACAUCUCUGUUCUUGUGACGAAUUACAUAACCUGGUGAAGAGAUCUUUCUCUACAGAUUCUUUCGGUGUGAAGCAGACAGGCGACUUUCCUCGUUCUCGAGAGGAUCAGCUAGCACUGAAGAUCAUGGAACGGACAACGAAGCUCUUGCCUGAAGGACGAUGGGAGACUGGCUUGUUGUGGAGGUCUGAUGACGUUCAGCUUCCUAACAGCUACCCACAGGCGAAGAGUCGACUCUCAGGUAUUCGGAGAAAGUUUAAUAGGUACCCUGAGUUUGCCGUCAAGUAUGAGGAGAAGAUACAGGAGAACCUCGACAAGGGUUAUAUUUCGAAGCUAUCCUUAGAGGAAGCUUCAGUCAAGACAACCAAAACCUGGUAUCUUCCUCAUUUUGCCGUAUUCAACCCUAAUAAGCCUAACAAAUUACGGAUGGUACUAGACUGUGCCGCCAAGUCUGAUGGUAGGUCACUCAACGAUUUUUUAAUGAGCGGACCGGACCUUUUGACAUCUCUGCCUGCCGUACUAUUAGGGUUCCGUAUAGGUAAAUUUUCUGUUAUUGGAGAUAUUCAAGAAAUGUUUCACAGAGUUCUUAUUAGAGAAGACGACCGACAUGCCCAGAGACUUCUGUGGAACGACGACAUAUAUAUCAUGAAUGUUAUGACCUUCGGAGCAGUCUGCUCACCAUCAUCAGCACAAUAUGUCAAAAAUAUUAAUGCCCGCAGAUAUGAGACGACCUGUCCUGAGGCUGUAAAGGCAAUUGUCGACCACCACUAUGUCGACGACUACAUUCAUUCCUUUGACGACGAGGACGAUUUAAUACGAGUGGUGGAUGACGUUAUACGUAUACAUGCCUCUGGUGGUUUCAACUUAAGAAACUUUGUUUCGAAUUCCCAAAGACUUUUACAGCACUUACCUGUAGACAAGCUUGCUCCGAGUAGCCUGAAGAUUCUCUCCGACUCCAAGGAUGACCAGGUCGAGCGUGUACUUGGAGUACGCUGGAACCAAGAGACUGAUGAGUUUGUCUUUGAACUCAAGUUUCCAAAGGUAAGCGAGGACAUUAAGACCGGGCUAAAGAAACCAACCAAGCGUGACGUGUUGAGAUUGACAAUGUCCAUCUUUGAUCCAUUGGGUUUCCUCCUGUACGUCACAGUAAGGGGUCGAAUACUCCUACAAGAUGUGUGGAAAUCUAAAAUUGGAUGGGACGACGAAGUCGAAUCAAGUCACUUCGAGAAGUGGCAAUUAUGGUUGACGGAACUUCAAAAGAUCAGUACGUUUAGACUUCCGCGUUGGUUCUUUACUGACAUGUGUGACAAACAAGCUACAGAACUACAUGUAUUCUGCGAUGCAAGUAGUAAGGCAUACGCAAGCGUUGCUUACCUUCGUGUCAAGAUGGUAGACGGAAGCUGUCACGUAUCCUUCAUCAUGGCACGUGCUCACGUCGCUCCGCUGAAGGUGAUGAGUAUACCCCGACUCGAGUUGCAAGCUGCACUCAUGGGUGCUAGGCUAGCUCAAACCUUGAAGAGACACUUUGACACAAGCGUAACGCUAUGGUCUGACUCUAAGACUGUUUUAAGCUGGUUGCGUUCUGAUAGCGGUCGUUUCAAGCCUUUCGUCGCUCAUCGUGUCAGUGAGAUCUCCGAGAUAACCGACGUCAAUCACUGGAGGUGGGUACCAUCAGGACUGAACGCUGCAGAUGACGCUACAAGAGACACGACAAUUGAGGACAACGUGAGGUGGCUACAUGGACCACAGUUUCUUCGUAUGUCUAAGCAGUUCUGGCCAUUAGAAGAUAACGACGUAGCUGUGGAUCCUACAGACAUUGAAGUAAAAACUCUCUGCGUCUUAACAGUUGUACCUUUCGAGCUACCUGAUAUCAGCCGCUUUUCUAAAUUCUGGAGGCUAGUAAGAAGUACCGCCUGGUUUUUUCGAGCUGUAUACAACUGGUCCCACAAAGACAAUAGAAAGAAGGGUGAAUUAACAGUAGACGAAAUUAAAAUAGCAGAAAAGUCGUGGAUUAAAGAAAGCCAGGGAAACUUAUUCCAUAAUGAAAUAAGUUGUUUGAAGAAGUCUGGACAGGUUGACAAAGACAGUUGCUUGCGACAGCUGACACCUUUUUUAGACAAAGACGACAUUCUUCGCGUUGGUGGGAGGAUUAGUGAGGCCGACGCUAAUAGUGAUACUAGGCACCCCAUCAUUUUGCACCCAAAAGACAAUUAUACUCGUCUGCUAAUGCACCAGUAUCAUCAAGACGCAGCCCAUACAGGACGAGAGCUGGUCUUCAAUAAUUUAAGACAGCGUUUUUGGGUAAUUGGUGGAAGAAAUGCUGUCAAAUCUGUCUGGAACGACUGUCAAGCAUGUAAAAUAAGAAGAGCAAGACCUGACCCACCUUUAAUGGGACAACUACCCGAAGUCCGACUGACAGCUGGUGGACGACCAUUCCAGUUUACGGGCUUGGACUACUUUGGUCCCAUGCUGGUGAAGGUAGGCCGUCAUCGUGAGAAGAGGUAUGGGGCUCUUUUCACCUGCCUCACGGUAAGGGCAAUCCAUAUUGAAGUGACACAUGACCUGUCGACUAGUAGCGCGAUUAUGGCUAUCCGGCGAUUCAUAGCCCGGCGUGGAUGCCCAAAACAAAUAUGGAGUGACAACGCCACUACUUUUAAAGGAGCCGACCGUGAGCUUAAGCAGUCCGUAGCAUCCUUAGAUAAGAACGAAUUGCUUCGUUUUGGCACUGUAAAGGGCAUCGAUUGGCAUUUCAUCGCACCCAAUGCUCCUCACAUGGGAGGCUGUUGGGAACGAAUGGUGAGAUCCGUCAAGACAGCGCUUCGUAUCACUCUAAAAGAGACGGCCCCGAAUGAUCAAGUUUUGUCUACGUUACUUGCGGAGACAGAACAUUUUGUAAAUAAUAGACCCCUGACGUACGUACCGAUUGACAAGGACGACGACUUACCAUUGACACCAAACAGCUUUUUGAUGACCAAGACUGAUUCUGUUGACUUACCUGUUAGUACCUGUAAUGACGGUGAGGUAUUGCGACGAUCCUGGAGGCACUCUCAACGGCUUGCCGACUUGACCUGGAAACGCUGGAUCAAGGAGUACCUCCCAACUUUGACACGACGAGACAAAUGGUUCCAGACUGAGACACGACCACUGACUAUCGAUGACAUUGUCAUUGUGGUCGAUGACCAACUUCCCCGCAACCUGUGGCCCAAAGGACGAGUGACAGCUGUGUACCCUGGGAAGGACGGUAGGGUCCGAGUAGCUGACGUGCUGACUUCGACCGGACUAUAUAAACGGCCAGCAACGAGGCUCGCCAGACUGGACGUCCGCACUUAGAGUAUUGGUUUCCAAUACUGGAGGUGGGGAUGUUGCGGCCUCCUUGA